AUGUUUGGUGCAACGGGGUUCGAUGCGAAUGAUGGCUUGUGGCCUUUGGCGUAUGCUGUUGUUUCUUCUGAGAAUGAUGAUGAUUGGCAUUGGUUCUUGAGCAAGGUGAAAGAGAUUCUAGAUGGUCGCAUUGUGACAAUCUUAACCGACAGGCAUCCGAGCCUAAUAAGUUGUAUUAGAGAUAUUUUUGGCUCCCAGUACCACUCAUGGUGUCUUCGUCACCUAACAGCGAAUUUUUCUACAUCCAUUCUUGGGAGACAAAGUUUAGGAUUGAGGGUUUCGGGUAAAAAGCAUGCGAAAAAAUUACUCGAUAAAAUUGCAUAUGCUCGAACUGUAGAUGAGUAUAAGAAUGCAUUGGCUGCCAUCCGGGUAUUUCGAGGGGAGUUGUGCGAUUGGGUUUUGGCGAAUUCACCUGAACAUUGGUCAAAUGCUAUGUUUACUUCUAAGCGUUGGGAUAAAUUAUACACCAAUCAAGCAGAGUCCUUCAAUGCAUGGGUGAAAGAAGAGAGGGUUUUUUCAAUCACAAGGCUGAUGGAUACACACAUGCAAAGACUCAGCAAAUUUUUAUACCAAAAGAGUUUGGACGUUCAGAAGUGGACUAUCCCGGUUGGGGAUCGUAUUGAGGAGAAAAUAAAAAAAGAGCAAGAGUUAGCACUUGGUUUUCAGUCGAUGCGUGUUUCGCCUAUUGAGUGUACAAUAUAUGAUCGAGACAGAAAACCAUUCAGGGUGGUAUUUGGCAGUGAAAAUUCUUGUAGUUGUUUGAAGUAG